GUAUGAGCAGCAAAAAACCAUAGUCCAUCAUAGGCAAAUAGAGCUCUAACAUAGUGCCAAUGACCCUAAAGAUGUUCACCAGUCUUAAACAGCACGAUUAUCCAAACUACUUUGGCCAUAAGGUAGAUCUUGUGUGUUUAGUGGCCCAAGUACAGAAUGUUUAGCCAACUAUCUCAAAAAGAGGACUUUUCCAACUUUCAUUCACUCUUUAAGAUCUCUUUGGAGGUUAAACAAUUAUUGCUAACUAUACAUAAUAUGAAGGACAAGACAUUUAAAAAUCAAUAUUUGAAAGAAAUUAAAUUACAUCUCUGAAGCAACUUAAAUUGGUAAAAUGUAUUCUUGCAGCAUAAAAAGAUAAAAACAUAUAUUAUGAUGUUAAACAUAUAGAAUUAGUAAGUGAUCAUAAUUACAUUAUGUAUCAUGUGGCAUCAUGUAUAAAUUACCAUUGUUAGGUCAUGUACAAUACCUGA